AUGGCAGACCGAAUCAAGAAGACGGCGCAAGAGGAGCUGAUCGCGGCCAGAGAGAUCGCCAGGGCUGGCGUCAUGUCGGGUUCAUACAUCUACCCUCUCAAAGGUAUCUUCUACUUCCUCGCUCAUCGCGAUCUCUGGAAGCCUCUACUCAGCAAGAUGGUCCCCACUCUCGGACUCGGCAUGGGUAUCACAGCCUUCAUGUUCGCCUUCACCUACCUACCCCAGCUGGCUAUUCUCUUCUUCACCUCCGGACCUCUUGCAACGCUCACUACCAUUCUGUUGGUCCUCUCUGAAUCAUCCACAUUGACGAUGGUGCUGUCCAAGGCUCUGCUCAUCGAGGACUCGUUGAUUGACACCUUUGACGGUACACUGGUAGCUCGCGGACAGACUGCUCUUGUCUCGAAGGAGCGUCAGGUGAAGGCCUCCGGAUUUGGAGAUGCCGUUCAACGUUUGGGCAAACUCGCUUCCAAGCCGUUCCAGAAGUUCACUCCUUCAGCCAUCAUCCGCUACGUCAUGUACCUGCCGCUCAACUUCAUCCCGGUCGUCGGAACGGCAAUGUUCGUCGGUCUUCAGGGACGUCAGCGUGGCCCCACAGCACAUGCUCGCUACUUCCAGCUGAAGGGUAUGAACAAAGUUCAACAGGACAAGUGGGUUGAGGAGCGCAAGGGCCCUUACACGCUGUUCGGAAUCCCAGCCGUGCUUCUCGAGACGAUUCCGGUAGCUGGUAUAUUAUUUGCCUUCACCAAUACUUGCGGUGCCGCGUUGUGGGCAGCGGAUCUGGAGCAGAGCAAUUCCGAGUCGACCGCGCCUGGCGUUAGAAAUGCGGCAAAGAAGGCUUCGUAG